GAGAAAUGAUUCUUGAUACUUUGUUGACGCUUACUGGAGGCGGCGAGUGUAGAAAAGAACAGCGAGUAUCUGACAAAGAGCGCUCUGCAUUGGACCUUCCUCUUUCGAAUGACCCCUCGUCCGACCCAAAAUCUGCUCAUAUAAGGGCGUAAAAUCUUGGCCCGUAAACCCAUAUUUCGGGCCAGAUUGUGUCGGUACUGUCGGUAUACAGCGCGCUGCAUUAUUUGUGUUUACCCCCUUAAGUUGGCAAUACUUGAGCGUCAGAUUAAGAAAAUUCAAAAGUAACGGGUUGAGUGUGAUCGAAUGUGUUACAAGACGCCUUGAAUUUAAAUCAAAUAUUAUUAUUUCUAAUAGCAAUAUAAUGACUGAAUUUAGAACACCGACGACGAAAAAGUACAAGAGUAGAAUGCAAGAUAAUCCAGAAUUGCAAACUCCUAUUAAAAUACCAGCCUCACCGUUUCUAGAACAAAUAGGUUAUGGAUGUGGUGUUGCUGUAUUUAGCUUGGAACGAUCGCCAAGGGUUGGUUUCGCUCGAUCGCCAUGGGCAAUAAAGAAAAGAAAUCACAAAGUUGAAGAUAGAAAGUAUAACGAACGUAUUCGAUUUGAAGCAGAAAUACUUCGUAAAUUAGAUCAUCCAAACAUUGUCGGUUUUCGGGCGUUCACCGAAGUUGCAAACGGUGAACCAUGUUUGGCAAUGGAAAAAUUGGACACUUCUUUAGGUGAUAGAAUAGAAGAGAAACUUGAGGUUGGCGAUGAUCAGUUUCCAGCUAAAGACAUAUUAAAAAUUGCAUAUGAAAUUGUAAAAGGAUUAGAAUAUUUACAUCACACUGCUCAUAUUUUACAUGGAGAUAUAAAAAGUUAUAAUGUGUUACUAUCUGAGGAUUACAGCAUAGUUAAACUUUGUGAUUUUGGUGUGUCUGUACCACUUACAAAAUCUUUAGAAAUAGACACUUCAAAAGGAGAUUUUUCAUAUGUAGGAACAGAGUGUUGGAGUGCACCUGAAAUAAUAUUUGAGGAUGGUCCAGUUACAAAUAAAGCUGAUAUUUGGUCAUAUGGCCUUGUGGUUUGGGAAAUGAUAGCUUUGUCUCCACCUCAUGUAGGAAAUAUAGAAACAGUUGAUGAUGAUUCAUUCAAGGAAUCAAUGUCAGAAAUGGAAACAACACUUGAUUUGGAAACUAGUGAACAUGACAAUAAAGAUGAGGGCAUUGAUUUUCUUAAAAAAAUGACCCAUGCUAUAUGUGGUACACGCCCUCCAUUACCUGCCAUUAAUCUAGGAAAAGAAUAUGAAAAAGUACUUGAAUUAUUUUUUGCAUGCACUACCAGUGAACAUAAUCUUAGGCCUAGUGCUAAAGGUAUUCUAAAAUAUUUUGAAAAUUAUAUAUAUAAAAAAAAAUAA